AUGGGCCUCUUUGACCACUGCAACAUAAUACCGCUCAUCGAGACGUUGGUGGAGCCCCCUCACUUAUACCUGGUCUUGCCGUUAUGUGAGGAGGAUUUGGGGACCUUCCUCGUCCGCAAGGGUCCGAGGAGGGGCCCCUCAUCCUUCUUCCGGGUGGUCCGCCAGAUCGCCGUGGGCCUCGCCGAAUGCCACCGGCACGGCGUGGUCCACCGCGAUCUGAAACCCGGUAACGUGCUAAGACGGGGGGCUCGGUUCAUGCUAGCUGACUUCGGAGUGGCCGAGCAAAUUACACCGUGCCGACCACUCCUGACAGAGUUGGCUGGCACUCCAGUGUACUGGAGCCCGGAACAACACCGCCGGGAACCGUACAACACCGCGGUGGAUCUAUGGGCCUUAGGGCUCGUGGCCAUGGACGUGGCCACGGGCCGGCCCUGCCGAAUCGACGGACAGGCUACGGAGCACUGGGCCUCCUCCCCAGGCGAAGAACGCCAGAGGGAGUUGGCCCAGCUGCACCCGUCCGUGGUCUGGUUCGUCGAAGGGCUGUUGAUGGACGAGCCGUCCCUCCGCCGCUCCGCCGACCAGUGGGAGUGGCCGGCCGUCCAUCUGUCCACCGUGGUGGACCUGGAGACAACCCCAGCACCACCGUCCGAUGGGCGCUCCUGCCGGGAAGCAGGGGCGGUCCGCGAGCCCGACACCGCUUUAGGUUCCCGUCCGGCUCCGUCCGCCGAAUCUGGGUGCCGCCAGAAACGGACCAGACAAGAGGAACCGACCGUUGAGGCCACGACUUGUCCUCCAUCCGACACCAUGGCUGACGACAACAUGGAGGUGGAGAUCCUGGAACGCCUCGAUAAGGAGCUGGGAUUUGUGGACCCCGAGGAGGUGGACAUACCCGAGGAUCCACCCAGACCGGUCCCCUUACCGUUGGGAGCAGCGAAGGCAUUCCUCCGCCCGACGCCGAAUAUCGCCGCCGGUUGCUCCACAACACCGUCCCCAGCGCUCGGACCGGCGAGACUACCAGGGACAACACCGCCCAGGGAGAAGGUCCCAUCCAGCACCGUUGAAUCCUGGGGAAAAACCGGAGUCAGUAAAAGGUACCUGGAGACGAAAGCAAGGAUACGGAAGGGAACACAAACACAAGAACAACAAACUGACAGAGACGAGUACCUACCCCCAAACACCAGAACCGUUGGGACUAUGGGCCCCCAGGUAUACGUGGAGCUCCGCCCGGGGUUGUGUUGGAGGUGCGGCCAGGGGGAACACACCAGAGCCACCUGUAGCAGGACCCCCACCCUGUUCUGCAGCCGCUGUGGUCUGUUGGGCACCCUCUCCCGGGAUUGUCCAUGUGGAGGUGCGAAGAAAGAUCCAACACCGUCUCCUACCGGUCCAGGAAACAAGAAGCUCCGUACCGCUCCAAUUCCGAAGAAGGAACCACUUCCCCGGAAGACCGCUCCAGGUCCAAAGAAGGAACCGCUCCCCCGGAAGACGACCCAGGCCUGUCCGAGGUGCCACUAUGUGGCCAAAACCUACAACAAGAAGUCCCGUUAAUGACCGUAAUCAAAAUGAACCGUACCGUUAUAUUGUACUGAUUACCGAUAAUAAAUGAGAUACAUCCGUUCUGUCCGUCUCUAUUUCACUCCUCUAUUACCGUUAAAAAUAUUCAUCACCGAAAAUAGGUAAAUAAUGGGGUACUACCGUUGCUUUCACUGAAUAAGGGCUCAGGUGAGUGAAAUAGAGCCUUAUACUUGUAUCUCCUUAUUAACUGCCAGAAUGUACAUACCUAGAUUUCCGCGAUUCCACCAUAACCGAUAAAUCUAACCUGGUCUGCCAGUGUUGGAAGAUUCUGUUCCGUACAGUUUUUGUUUGUUCUGUGCAGCUUUAUUGCCAUCAAACAGGACCGUCUGACUGUCAUCCAGUGGGUAAGUGGUAUCC